ACUAAUCGUGGUCAGUGAGAUGGUGGAAUCGAGGGGAGGCCGUGAGAGCAUCGCCGUUUAUCCGGACUGCGCUUCGAGGCUCUUCUGGUCACCGGACCGGAUUUCGUUUCUCCAUCGCGAGAGCUUCUCGACAGUCGUCCACCACGAGGUCCCUCUUUCUGCCAGUCGCAUUAUGUUAUAGAGCUGCUAUAUAGGCAAGAUGGCCGCCGCCGCACCAUCCCGUCCCUUCGAUUACUUGGAAGGCCUGCCUGGGACGGUGUUCUUCAAGCUAUACCAGCAGCCUUCCACCGCCCUAGCGAUUUUCAGGCGCAUGCUACCUGACCUUGCAAAAUGUUUUGUUAUGGCACUUCUCUACCUCAAAGACCCUCUCCCUGCGGCGGAUCUGGAGGUCUGGGUCAAGUCGGAGAGCUUAAAAGAACGAGAUAAUGCACUCUCAAUCCUGGGAAGACUGCAUAUCCUAUCCAACACCCUCACAUCGAAUAACGUUCGCGCUUACAUGGUUACCAAUCCGUUUGCCGCUUCCCUUCGACAGGCCCUCACAGGGACUGAGCAGACACAGUCCUUUGGAGUUCUAUCACAAAUAUCAAAUGAAACAUUGGUCUCGGUAGCCGAUCUGGAUGAGUACGCAAGACGCCAGUGGGAAGGGGUAAUGGGAUACAUGGUGGGGACAAGCGGACUAAGCACUGAACGUGAUAUUGUCAGCUUGAGCAAAGGUGUGAAGCAGCUCCUCCAAGCCGGCCAUUUGGUCGAAAUAAGAGACCGUCGUGUAGAAAUCACUCAGGACGGAUUUUCUUUUGUUCUGCAAGAUGUCGGCACGCAGGUCUGGCAUAUUCUGAUCCUCUACGUCGAAAGCGCUGAAGCCAUCGGGAUGGAUAGUGUCGAGGUUCUUUCCUUCAUCUUCCUCUUGAGUAGUUUAGAGCUGGGCAAGUCGUACGAGAAAAAACACCUAACCUCCAAUCAACACCGAACCUUGACCGAUCUGUCGGACUUUGGGAUUGUCUAUCAGGAGACCCCGGAUGCAAGCCAUUUCUUCCCAACUCGUCUCGCAACCACCCUCACAUCCGACUCCAGUGCUCUCAGCAAUCCAAUCUCUGGCUCCCUCUCCGGACCAACGGGGUCCUCGUCGAACAAGGCGGGCUCUGGAUUCAUCAUCGUCGAAACCAAUUACCGACUAUAUGCAUACACCUCCUCGCCGCUCCAAAUCUCCCUCCUUGCUCUUUUCACAACCUUAAAAUACCGCUUCCCAAAUCUGAUCACUGGUAAAAUCACACGCCAGUCUAUACGUCGGGCUGUCGAAAUGGGCAUCACCGGUGAUCAAAUCAUCUCGUACAUAUCAACGCACGCACACCCUCAAAUGCGCAAGCAUAAUGCUUCCAAAUCUUCAUCCAACCAAUCUGGACUCCCAUCUGUUUUGCCUCCUACAGUGGUUGAUCAAAUUCGGCUCUGGCAGCUUGAACGAGACCGCGUUAAGGGAACCCCUGGAUUCCUUUUCAAGGACUUCGUUAGCCUGUCCGAAUACGAGGCGCCGUGUCGCUAUGCAGAAGAAAUCGGUGUUCUUGUGUGGAAAUCAGAUCGCAAACGUAUGUUCUUUGUUACCAGACACGAACAGGUCGCGGCCUUUUUGCGGAGCAGGAAAUAAUUCAGGCUGCAAUUUUAUUUUGGGGUCAAGUCAUAUUGGAAAUUGGCGCAAUCAGAUAGAGACUGUAUUAUAGGCAAAAGAUAUAAGGAAAAAGAGGCAUCGAAGCAUAAAUUGGCGCAAU